CUUUUCUCCCCCAACUUCACUUUAAUGCUGUCUUCCAUUAUCGGCCAUUGUCUUUAUCUACCUCCCAACAGCUAUGCUGAUAUAAAGACCUUCAUUUCUUUCUGAAUCUAUGUAUAAAUAUCAUAUAAAAAAGCCCAAAUCCCUCACUCUUCUCCCUGAGCUCUCUGCUCUACGACAAAUCAGAUAUGGCUAAUUCUAAUAACCAGCUUUUUGUCUGCAGCUUCUUCUUCGCCAUUUUCGUAGCCCUAGCUGUUUCUUUACUUCCCUUGGCUCUCUCCCGUAGCUUAACGGAGGAAGCUACACACGCAUUCCUCGACGUGUCGGCCUCGCUGAAACAAGCCCAAGCAGUCCUCAGCUUCGACCCUGAAACGGCUCAACCCUUUGGCGAACAUGAUGAAGACAUGCAGCAACAAACUUUCGCUAACUCCUCGUCUUUUUCGGUUCAGCUUCACCAACGAGACUUUCUACUCAAGACCUCAUAUAAAGACUACAAGAGCCUCGUUUUUUCUCGACUCGAGCGCGACUCGGCCCGAGUCAGAUCGCUCACCACCAAGCUCCAGGUAUCCCUCGACGGCGUGAGUGAGUCGGAUCUUGAACCCAUGAAGACGGAGCUUCGCCCUGAGGACCUGUCCACUCCGAUCGUGUCCGGUACGAGCCAGGGUAGCGGCGAGUACUUCUCGCGCGUGGGUGUGGGAAGCCCGCCCAAGCCAUUCUACAUGGUCCUCGACACCGGUAGUGACAUCAACUGGCUCCAAUGCCAGCCCUGUUCGGACUGCUAUCAGCAGUCCGACCCGAUAUUCAACCCGAGCUCAUCUUCCUCCUACAAGACCCUCCCCUGCACCUCCCAGCAAUGCGGGUCCCUCGAGAACCCAGGGUGUAGCACGGGCAAGUGUCAAUAUCAGGUAUCCUACGGCGACGGAUCGUACACAGUCGGUGACUUCGUAACGGAGACGUUGUCGUUCGGAAAUACCGGAUCGGCAAACGGCAUCGCUCUGGGUUGCGGCCACCAAAACGAGGGUUUGUUCGUUGGGGCGGCCGGAUUACUGGGGCUGGGUGCGGGCAAACUUUCGCUUCUCUCUCAGAUCAAAGCGUCUUCGUUCUCUUACUGCCUUGUGGACCGAAACUCGGGCAGGUCCUCGACGCUCGAGUUCAACUCAGCCCCUCCGUCCGACUCGGUCACGACCCCUCUACUCCGAAACCAGAAAAUCGGUACGUUCUACUACGUCGGACUCACCGGACUAAGCGUCGGAGGACAGCCCGUCUCGAUCCCGUCCUCCUCAUUCCAAUUCGACGCAGCAGGAAACGGCGGGAUCAUCAUCGACUCCGGGACCGCCAUAACUCGUCUACAGACGGAGGCCUACAACGCGCUCCGCGACGCGUUCGUGCAGCUGACUCGGCACUUACCGUCCACAAGCGGCGUGUCUCUGUUCGACACCUGUUACGAUCUUUCUUCCAUGACAUCCGUGAGAGUACCAACGGUGUCAUUCCGGCUCGCGGACGGGAAGUCGCUACAGCUACCUGCAAAGAAUUAUCUGAUACCGGUCGACUCAUCCGGAACCUUCUGUUUCGCCUUCGCUGCUACGAGGUCGUCUUUGUCAAUCAUCGGGAAUGUGCAGCAGCAGGGGACACGGGUCAGUUUCAAUUUGGCAGAGUCGCGGGUCGGGUUCUCACCAAAUAAAUGCUAGUUAGGUAUUUAAAAAUAAAAAAUCCAGUAAUUUACCUUUUCAUCACUAGAAAAUGAGAUGUUGAACUGGAUUUUAUUAGACUGUAAUAUUAUGUAUCAAAAAGGCAGGGUAGUGGCUGAAAGUGGGUCCAUCUAAAUAAAUUGCAUAGUAAAUUAUGUCGUC